AUGGGGGUUCAUGCGGCCUUCAUUGACUUUCGUAAGGCCUUCGACCUUGUGAAUGACAAUAUUCUUUUGAACAAAUUAGCAGCUAUGAACAUAAAUAAACCCUUCUGGUUAUGGAUUAAAAGUUUCCUUUCCGGAAGAGUUCAACAAGUAAAUCUCAAUGGUACCUUAUCAUCCAUUGCAACAUGCCCGGCCGGAGUCCCGCAACGCUCUGUAAUAUCUCCCAUUCUUUUUAAUAUCUACAUUGAUGAUUUGGAGGACGCCUUACCAGAACAACUAAAAGUCAGUACGAAUAAGUAUGCAGAUGACUGCACACAACACCAAAUAGUGAGCGUAGAUUCUAAUAGUAAUUUACAACACUCUAUCAAUGAAGUAAAUAACUGGGCGGUGUUAAAUAAAAUGGCAAUUAAUGCUAAAAAAACUAAGGACAUGUGGAUCUCUUUCACGGACGCUAUACCUGAACCACCACGUCUUCGUAUUGGAAAUGAGUUAAUAGAAAGGGUCAACGCUUUUAAAUUACUUGGCGUGUCGUUCCAAAAUAAUCUAAAAUGGAACGCACAUGUUGAAGAGAUUACACGUAAAGCAAAUAAACGCCUUUACCAUCUCAGAGAAUGCAGGAAAUCGCAGUUACCAGCUGAAGUCGGUAUUAUUACCUAUCAAUCCAAAAUAAGACCAAUUCUCGAGUAUGCAUCACCUGUCUGGGCGGGACUCCCUAAUUACCUGCGAGAUGAAAUAGAGCGG